AUGCUAACACGAGGAUCGAGAAACGGCGGCGCCACUUACGGUCUCUGGGAAUUUAAGCGUCCGCGGGACCAGCGUUUAUCUUACCUCGUCACGCCAGUCAGGGACCCUGUUCGUGUUCAGUUUUCACACAAGGGACAACUAAGCUGGGACAUUCAGGGGCUGAUGAGCCUCAGCGACCUCCAAAGACAUGAUGCUUGUUCCGUUGCCUCGGAACGAGUCCGUCUCCUCUCGGAAGCGAUAUCUGCAUUCGCCUUACAGUAUCAAUCUCACUGCAUCGUCCUGAACGGGAAUGCGAGAGUAUGCCACGAUGACAUGGUGCUCCAUAUCACGCUAAGGUGCGCCAAACACUCCAUCGAGACCAACCCACCCCACACCCUAAACGUGCCAGCCGAAAGCUAUCGUGAACGUCUCGAUAGCUACCAUAACACGUCAGAUCUCAUGUUUCGAGCAGGACUCUGCGGCUACUUCUUGGCUCAUGGCUCUCGGCCCUUGAAGCCAUCCCGGAUCUCGCACACCCCAAUAGUGUAG